AUGGGUGAGAUUGUGUCUAAUCAGCUUUUCGUAGCUGGAUAUAGUCGCAGCAAAGUGACUGACGAGAGAGAUGUGAGAGAAAUCUUUAGAAAGUAUGGGUCACUCAAGGAAGUGGCAUACAAGGGCUCCUACUCUUUUAUAACUUUCAGCAAUGAGGAUGAAGCUAAAGAGGCUCUUACAGAGAUGAAUGGAACAACACACAAUGGCCAGAAAUUAAAAGUGGAUGUUGUCGACAAUCGCAAGGGGAGAAGAACUGGACCCAAUGAAAGUGACGAAUGUUUCAAAUGUGGCAGAGGAGGUCACUGGGCCAGAGAUUGUCCCAAGGGCAGAUCACCUCACAGAAGCAGAAGAUACUCAAAUUCCAAAUCCAGACAUCACAGGAGAAGAUCCGGUUCAAGAUCCCGUUCAUCUUACUCGUCUUCCCGUUCCAGAAGAAGAAAUAGAGAUCACCGCAAUAGACGCAGAUAUAGCAACAGUCCAAAGAGAGGCGAAGAGCAAAAAAAGGGGAAUUACAACAAGAGAAGGUCGCCUUCAGACUCUUAGCAUCAUUCCUCGUCUUGAAUAAGCAUGGGCAAAACAAAAACACAUUUUAUUAUUCAACAUUAUUCUAAUUUAAAAAAUAA